ACCAGGGGUAAGUCAGUUUUAUCAAAAUAUUGAUUGUCUUACUACUCUUCUAAAGCAUAAUAUUAAAGCAUCAUAAUACCCAUCUGCUGAAUAUCGUUGAUGAUUUUAUUUCACUGCAAGUUAACCUAAAGUGUUUGAAGCUGCAUAGAGAAAUAAGGGUGGCACUGAAACGAUAACACAAAGCUCAGUUAAACGAGCAGGGCUUUGUAAAAGUAUUUUUCACAAUAUUACAGAAAUGACACUUUUUAAUGCAUUCCAGUAACAAAAUAAAAAAAUAAAAAUAUGUUCAUACAACUAAAUAUUACUUGUGUAUUUGUUGUGUGGACCUAUGACUCCGUUUGGAUGUGGGCUUGAAACAAAGCAGAAAACAAAGUUAAUGUUUUGUUUGACAAAUUGUUGUGUUGUGGUGAGGUUUGCUCUUUCUGUCACAUGGGAUUCAAAUAUUGAAUUACAUAUCUUUACUGUAUCAUGCUGAAAUCGGACAUUUUGGAUUGUAGUGUUUAUGUUUCAAUUGAGAUUUAAAUGAGCUAAAUAAGUGAUAUAGUCCAAAGGAACAGAUGAAUAAUAUGUUUUUACUUCCACUCAAAAAUGAUAAGCUUUGUUAGGUUAUUAAUAAAUAAUCGCAUCAAACUUGUUUAUGUAAUUUGACUUAUGUUUGAAGCAUAUUGAUAAACUAAACUGAAUUGCACACGUUUGAAUUAUAAAGGCCAUUGAUUGCAUACGAUUUGAUUUUUGGUGUUAGAGAAAAGGAGGUUGAAUACAAAUAGACUACAUGAUUAAAUGUGAAAAAUACUGAAAAGCAUGUCUGCUAGUUUGAUCACAAAGCAAUUCAUUUAUCAAAAUGUUGAUAAUCCGUCAACCUUUUCAGUAGUUUUUGUUUCAGUGAUUACAGUCAAAUUCAGUGGAUUAGAAUAUUAGCAAAAAUUUAUUUUAGCAACUCAAUUCACAAAGUAAAACACAAACAGAUUAAAUACACGGGUUGAUGUGUUCAAACUUUAUUUCUGUAAAUUAUUAUGGUUUUCUGCAGAUACCUAAUGGAAACAUGAAUUUAUGGAUAAGUAUGUCAGACCAUUAAAAAGUCAUUGUAAUACAAAAAUGUCAGCCUAAUAAAAAGAAUGCUUAAUACCCCCUUAGUGCUUUUUUAAAAGAACUUUUAAUUUGCAAACCCAGUCUCAUCAACACAUAUUCAAACUUAUUGAAUGUGUCUGUUUAUGAAAUGGUUGAAAACAAUUUGUUUUGUUUUAAUAAUAACAUAUUAAGUAAAACCUGUUUCCUUCUGUCAGUACAGAUAUUUCACCCAUGAGAAUAUCAGAGCUGAAAAUGGAGGAGGAAGUCAAUAAAUGAUGGCGGACAUGACGGGGUCCAUGGUCACCUCUGUUACCGAGCCUUCUGUCGCAAACUCCACCGAUCCCACUGUCCCCGCCGGUGUUGGCGUCGUCACAAGCUCCCAGUCACAGAUCAAAGAUCUUUUCGGGUUGUUCUGCAUGGUGACGCUUAACCUCAUCGCCCUGCUGGCCAACACUGGUGUGAUGGUGGCCAUAGCUCGCGCUCCUCACCUGAAAAAGUUUGCAUUUGUGUGUCACCUGUGUGCAGUAGAUCUUCUGUGCGCCAUCCUCCUGAUGCCUUUGGGAAUCAUUUCCAGCUCUCCGUUCUUUGGCACGGUGGUGUUCACUGUUCUGGAGUGCCAGGUUUACAUCUUCCUCAAUGUUUUCCUCAUUUGUCUUUCCAUCCUCACCGUCACUGCCAUCAGCCUGGAGCGUUACUUCUACAUUGUGCACCCGAUGCGUUACGAAGUAAAGAUGACCAUUAAUCUUGCUAUUGGUGUGAUGGUGCUAAUCUGGGUUAAAUCACUCGUCUUAGCUCUGGUCACACUGUUGGGAUGGCCGGCUUACGGACCUCAGAGCUCCAUUGCAGCAGCUCACUGCUCUCUUCAUGCCAGCCACAGCCGCCUGAGAAGAGUAUUUGGAGUGCUCUUCAGUGUGAUUUGUUUCUUAGCUCCUGCAGUAGUCAUCUUUAGUGUUUACUGUGCUGUGUAUAAAGUUGCUCGCUCAGCAGCUCUGCAGCAGGUCCCAGCUGCGCCAACAUGGGUGAAUGCAUGCCCUGCAAAGGACCGCUCUGACUCCAUCAACAGCCAAACAACCAUGAUCGCCACCACCCGCAGUCUGCCUCAAAGACUGUCUCCAGAAAGAGCCUUCAGUGGAGGAAAAGCUGCAAUAACUUUGGUGUUCAUUGUGGGCCAGUUCUUGGUUUGCUGGUUGCCCUACUUCAUUUUCCACGUUCAAAUGUCUCUGACCGGUUCCAUGCAGAGCCCGGGGGACUUGGAGGAAGCCGUAACUUGGCUUGCUUACUCUUCUUUCGCAGUUAACCCAUUCUUCUAUGGCCUUUUAAACAGACAAAUCAGAGAUGAGUUGGUGAAAUUUCGACGUUGCUGCUUGAACCAGCCCUCAGAGGUUGGAGCGUCCAGCCAGGAGGCUUCAUUUCAGGAAAACUUCCUUCAGUUCAUUCAGAGAACCACCAGCACACCUGAAAGACGCUCCAGCUGCUCUAACUCCAGUCCCACAUUGAACCAGGUGAACAUUAUUCCAGGACAGAUUCCAGAGGAGCAUGCAUAGACUACAUGUACACUGAUUAUAGAAAUGUUUGUAGAAUAUUUAUCCCAUUAUACAAUAGUAUAGAAAUAGCCUUCGUUGUCCCAAAGUAACAACAGCAUUUAGAUAUUUAGGUUCACACAAAGCAGCAAAAGGUGAUGAUAGGCUGUUUAUGUCUUACAUUACUUUGUUGUAUUAAAAGUUUUUUAUAUUUAUGCUUUUUACUAACUUGAUUAUUUUCCUUGUUGACUUCUUUAUUUUAAAAAAUAAAGAUGGUUAUAUGGUAAUGGCAAGAUAUUUGCAGUCCCAGUCAAAGUUCACAUGUACUCAUCAUAGUCAUAGAUGUCUUUCUGUUUUUGGUUGUUUCCUACAGUUUUAUUUUUCAGGGUAGAAAUAUAAAAACAGUUUCUGAGAUUUAUUUCAAUAAGUUCUGUCUGCACAGAGGAAAAUCACACGCUUAUUUUUUCUAUCAACAGGCUUGUGUAAUUCUGAUGGAAGAGAUUUAUUUUAAAUUGGGGAGCACCUCUGUGCUGCCCAAUUUGCUCAUCUGCUACUUAAACCAUCACCUUGACUUCUCCAAGCAUUGUGGUCAUUGUGGACAGAUAGGGGACACCGAAGUCCCAGAAUCCUCCAUUUUAUGACAACUACAGUUCUGGUUUGCUUUUAACUACAACAACCCCUUUCUUUGAACUUAGGGUAGUACAUUGGAUCAGCUUGUUGAAACUGGAGCACAUUUGAGUCCUAACAAGACAAAGGCCCAAAACAAACAUCAAAACAUUGGACUGGAUAAAGCAAACAUUAAUCAGCUGAAAUGAACCCAAGCUCAAUCUUGUUUAAAUUGCGCUGGCUUUGUAAAAUGUCUCUUUGCCAGGAAACCCAUUAAUCUAAAUUAACCAAGAAGAGGGAACAAAAACUCAGCCAGAAAUGUGCUGCAAGCUUGUUAAUGGCAACAAAAAAAAGUGUAUGACUUUGCAGUCACUAGCAAAGGAACUUUUAAUUAAACACUCUAUCUAUUUAUAUAUUUGUUCCUGUUCAUCUUAUUUUUACCCUGUACAAAUUAGGAGAAAUCCUCUGUUAAGUCCAACCUAUAUUUUCAAUUCUGGUUUUGUAAAAAUUUCAGAAAUAUUUUAAGCAUUUCAGAUUGUAAAAAAAAAAUUAAAACAAAAAACUGUUCAAAUGGUUAAAAGCACAAACUUGACAAGGCAUUAAUGACCAAGAUGAAUGUGUGUAAACUUUUGGCUAAAACUGUUCACUGCAAUUUUCCCUUUUUGAUAUUUGAUAUACAUUUCAAAACUGGUCUUAUUUUGAUUGAGAUUAUAGAAAAGCUUUAGUAAAGUUGUACAUUUUUGGAUUAACUGAAAUAAAAAAAAACAUUGUCUGAUGAAUAAUUUAGUUUUAAAAAUGCACGAUUGUGUCCCAUCUGAUUUAACAUUGCCACCAUAACGUCGCUAUUGAAUUUCUUGUAUCAUCGGUAAUAUUUAUACAUAAGAAACAAUAUUCAAGUAGUAGAUGGGGUUCCAAAAGUCUUGAUUAUUCUGCUUGUGGUAUAUUUUAUAAUUAAUCUUUUUUGUGUUUAAGGAGAUGAGCCCUCAGGAUAGGUAGGGAUAAUACCUCAGACUUCCUACUUAAAACACAUAUUAGGUUUUGAUGUCGCCUCUCUCUUUCCAUAUGAAAUAAAGUGGACUCACAUAGCAACAAAUGUCCCCUUGGGUGCCUUUUCAUCCAAGUCUGCUCAAAUACAGACUGAGUCCGAUAAAACUCAUUUACAUGUGAGCAAAGAUAGCACGAGUCCCUGUGAAAAUGGACCAACGUAACUUGGACAUGGAUAUGGGAAGGAAGAGAUAGGAAAUCUGCAGUGAAAAUCAUUACUGGGCAUUGAUAAUGCACCAAAGAGAGGUAACAAAGUGCUAUUUUAUGGCCUUUGCUAUUUGUAUUAGCCCUCGUUCAAGACAGUAUAGGGUGGUUACAGCAAAUAUAAGCAAACAUCAUUCUGCAGUACGAGUGUUACUCAGGAAUAUGCAACCUUACAUAACUGUAAGUGUGAUUAAAACAUUAGGUUCUCAACCAAACACAUUUUGGUUGAUUUUGGUUUGAUUUUUUUUUUUAAUUUAAAAUAAUGUCCACAGAGUAAUAACUCUCUGUAGUGCAGAGCUCAAACAUUAACAGCACUUAAUGUGAACAUUGAACAAACCUCAGCACAGCAAACAUUCUCCGAAAUGAAAGUAUGUCUGAAGUGUCGUUUUUUUUCAAAGGAGUUUUGAUGAACCGGUAAGAUUUAACAAAGGCGUUCAUGGGAAAAAAGCUUUUGAAGUUUGUGUGAAUUCUUCUGUCUUCUCCACUCACAGGUUUACAGACUAUUAGAAUUUUUCAAAUUAAAUUAAUGAGUGAAGAUUUUAUUCAUAAAGUGCUUUUUAUAGACAUAGACAACAAACAACUCAUCACUCUGCAACAAUAUAAAGACUUAAUACUACUAAAGUUAAUCCUAAUGUAACAAAGCACCACACUUUCCUCCGUAGCCUCAGGAAAACAAUUGGAAAGACUCAAUUUUCUCUUUUUGUGUCAUCAAGCGACAAUGACAGUGACAUUUUUCAUGUCAACUGGUACGGUGUGAUUUGAAACAAGACAACUAAUACUGCAUGGCAAAUUUCUCAAUAGGCAAGAAAAAAAUCUAAAGAAAGAAUGAAUUAAAUAACUAUUUAGUGGGACAAAAGGAGACAAUCUGAGCAUCAACAUUUUUGAUGAGUAAAAAUGUUGUCCGACAUUUUGAACUCUGUACUCAUAUACAAUAAACUACUUGA